AUGGAACUAAUUGUCAAAAUGAUAUUGAUCAUCACCAUGACCAUGGCUUUGUCCAUCACCCUAACCAUGAAAAGCAUUACUAACCAUCAAGAAGAAGAAGAAAAGCCCCUAUUCUUGGCAACAACUUCUUCCGGAGAGCUAUCCGGUGCCAUUGACAACCAUAACAAACUCAUACUGCCUUCAAAAAGGGUAAGUCGCUUCCUCGCUGAGAAGAAGAACCCUAGAGCUGCCGAUCACUGCCACAAGGACCAUGAAAUCUGCUACGAAAUAGAUGGAGGGAAGAACUCAACCUGCUGCAACAACAAGUGCGUAGACUUGUCGACGGACAAACACAACUGCGGUGCAUGCAAGAAGAAAUGCAAGUUCCCAGAGACUUGUUGCAGAGGGAAGUGUGUGUACUUGUCGUUGGACAAAAGGCAUUGUGGAGAAUGCAACCACCGGUGUAAACCCGGAGAGUAUUGUUUCUAUGGUAUGUGUAGCUACGCAUGA